CAACAAUUAAUUUUUCAUUCUAUCGAUCAUUUUAAAAAUCGAAAUGCACUCGAUGUGUUGGAGAAAUUUCUUGCGACCUGUGGUUUUAAAGAAUGCCAAGUAUCGAGAAACAGUUCGCUUCAGAUCCAGUACGACGUUAGCGUCGUUUUCCGAUGCCGAUACCGAUGAAUUCAUGAGCCACUUCCCUACGAUAGUGGAAGAUUUAUCCACCGGCUUGAAUUUAAAAGAUAUGAAGCAAACUGUGGACAGAUUCGCCAAUUGCGUCAGAACCAACGUGCCGAACGGUAAGAAAGUAAGAGGCCUAACUACUGUUAUAACGUACAAACUCCUGGAGAAACCGGAGAAACUCACACCAGACAACAUCAGAUUGGCCAAUAUUUUAGGGUGGUUCAUCGAAUUGAUCGAGGCUGCUGUGGUGAUAUUCGACGAUGUAAUGGACAAUUCCUUCACGAGACGGGGCGGGUUGUGCUGGCACCGCCAGAAGAACGUCGGAGUACUAGCCAUAGCGGACGGGUUGAGUUUAAACUCCGUAGCUUAUUUGCUUUUGGAGAAACACUUCCGCAAUCACCCACAUUUCGUGGAUAUGUUCUACUUUUCCAAAAGCAUUAUGUUCAAGACGACAUUGGGGCAAGCGGCUGAUUCCACGAGGCAUGCACCAGAAACGAUAUCACUAGAUAAAUUCAAGACAAUCGCUAAAUACAAAACGGGUUUUUACACAUUCUAUUACUCGGUGGGAUUGGGGAUGUAUCUAUCCAGGCAAUUCAAUAAGGACGUAUUGGAGAAUCAAAUAGCUCCUUUGCUGUUCGACAUGGGCGAGUACUUCCAAAUUAAGAACGAUAUUAACGACUGUUUCGUUAAGGAAGACAUAGCAGGAAAGACCGGUACUGACAUAGAGGAGAGUAAGUGCACGUGGCUGGCGGUGAAGGCGUUGGAGAAGGGAAAUGAGGCGCAAAAAGCGCUGUUUAGAGAAAAUUACGGCAAAGCGGAUCCGAAAUCGGUGGAAUCGAUUCGUAAUUUGUACAGGGAAUUAAAAUUGCAGGAAGAAUUCCACGAGUACGAAACCAAUUUCUUCAAGUCGUUGAGAAACCGAAGUUUGAGCAUAGAAAGUCCUUAUUCAAACGUGACGAUGGUUUUAAUCGAGAAAUUACAACGACAGGUGUAUAAAACUGUAGAGUAUAACUCAAAAUCCGUGUGUUAAAAACAUUAGUUUAAUAAAUAAAUAAAUCAAUAUAAAAUAAAAAAAGAAAAUCUCGAUAGUUC